CUUCACAUUAAUAAUUGUCUCCUCCCUAUAUAUACUUUCACAACUUUGCAUGCAAUAUUCCAUUCCUUACCAAAUAAACUUCUUUUCCCUUCAAAUUAAGUUGCUUUCUAUUCACCAACCCAAACCAUAGGCAUAUUCAUCACUAGCUGUUUCAAAUGACAAAUAAAAUAAUACUUAUUAACCUUCUUCUCAUUACUUUUUUGGUAGAAGCCUCUGCUGCUAGUAAUUUUAAUCAAUACUUUGAUAUAACAUGGGGUGAUGGUCGUGGCAAAAUCCUCAACAACGGACAACUUCUUACUUUGUCUUUGGACAAAGCAUCUGGCUCUGGAUUUCGUUCCAAAAAUGAGUACUUGUUUGGAAAAAUUGACAUGCAACUAAAGCUUGUGCCCGGUAACUCUGCUGGCACAGUCACAACAUAUUAUCUAUCUUCUCUUGGUGAUGCUCAUGAUGAAAUAGAUUUUGAAUUUUUGGGUAACUUAAGUGGUGAUCCUUAUAUUGUUCAUACAAACAUUUAUGCACAAGGGAAAGGAAAUAAAGAACAACAAUUCUAUUUGUGGUUCGACCCCACCAAGGACUUUCACACUUAUUCCAUUCUUUGGAAUCCUCAAAGCAUCAUAUUUUCUGUGGAUGGGACUCCAUUAAGGGAAUUCAAGAAUUUGGAAUCAAAAGGUAUUCCUUUUCCUAAAAGCCAAGCAAUGAGUAUAUAUUCAAGUCUUUGGGAUGCAGAUAAUUGGGCCACAAGGGGAGGUCUAGCGAAAACUGAUUGGUCCCAAGCCCCAUUCACUGCUUCAUAUGGAAACUUCAACAUUCAAGCUUGUGUUUGGACUUCUUCAGGUUCCUCUUGCUCUUCCAAGAAUCCAUCUUCAAAUCACUCAUGGAUGAAACAAUCCUUAGAUUCUACAGGACAAGCUAGGAUUCAAUGGGUGCAAAAGAAUUACAUGAUUUACAAUUAUUGCACUGAUACUAAGCGAUUUCCUCAAGGCCUCCCUCCUGAAUGCUCACUUGCAUGAAAACAAAAACUAUAUAUAUAAUAUAAUCAUAUCAUA